CCAAAAUUGAAAUCUAUUAGCAAUGGAAUGUGUCAGUGUCACAUCAUUCCCAAAUUCUAAUUUUCAUCGGAAAUUCAAAUAGAUUUAUACUUGAUUUAGAACAUUUGUGAAAGGUGAAAAGUAAUGUUUAAACUUUUAAAUUUCUACUCAAAGCUAUGUUUCAAACAAUAUGAUAAUAAAUGUUCAGUUGAGACAACAAGAGGACUUGUGUUGUACAAAUCGGCACUGAAGGGUGAUUGGAAAAGAGAUGAAUCAGUGCUAAAUGAGUGGCCACAUUAUGUUCGUUGUGCAAUAACAAGAAACAAAGAGACAGUUCUUCAUGUUGCGGGUGGAGCCAAGCAGAGUGUGUUCGUGGAGGAGUUGGCGAAUAGAAUGACCCAAAGACAUCUUUGCUUUGCUGCUACAUCAAGAAUCGUUAAAAUUGCUGAGCUGAUGGUGGAGAAAAACCCUAUAAAGGCAGAGAUGAUUUCCUACCUCUUGUCUGUCACUGAUCUAAGCCAGCUAACUGCCCACGAACGGAUUGAGCUUCUUAUUGCCACUAUACAUACCCAUUUUCAUGAUUUAAGCUUGUGGAUUUUGAAACUAUAUCCUGAGUUAGCAAUAAUGAAAGAUACCAAGAACAAUAAUGAAACUGCAUUACAUGUGUUGGCUAGAAAACCAUCUGCAAUGGAUGGCACAAGGCAGCUGCAUAAUUGGAAAAUGCGCAUCAACUCUUGGAGUUUUUCCAAACUAUUGAUGCCACCUAGAAAAUUUAUUGAUGAAAUAUUUAAUUUUAUAAUUGUGAACGGAGUCUUUAUACAGCCUUCCAAUUAUAAAGAUGUGAUUAAAACAUUGGCUCAUCAAUUAGUUGAAUUCCUAUGGAGGUAUGUUGUAUAUGAGAUGCUUGAGUUCAUUAAACAUCCCACAAGCUUGUUGAACGAUGCUGCAAGGGCAGGUAAUGUUGAGUUUUUGAUUGUGCUCAUUCGUGAAUUCCCAGAUAUCGUAUGGGGUGAUGACGAUGAUGACGACAACGAUAGUAAAAUUAUAUUUCAUGUAGCUGUUGAAAAUCAACUCGAGAAUGUAUUUAAUCUCAUAAAAGAGAUUGGUAAGCUCAAUGAAUUCUCAACUAAAUAUAGAACUUUCAAGGGAAAAUAUAGCAUCCUACAUUUGACUGGAAAUCUAGUCGCUCCAAACCAUCUCAAUAGAGUUUCAGAAGCUGCUCUUCAAAUGCAACGUGAAAUGCUAUGGUUUAAGGAAGUGGAGAAGAUAGUUCUGCCUUCCCAAGUUGAAGUGAAAUUCAAUGAUCCAGAUCCAUCUAUACCCAAAUUGACACCGCGACAAUUAUUCACCGAAAAGCACAGACAUCUUCGUCAGGAGGGUGAGGAAUGGAUGAAAAAUACAGCAAACUCUUGCAUGCUCGUCGCAACUUUGAUAUCCACCGUAGUUUUUGCUGCAGCCUUCACAGUUCCUGGCAGCAAUGAUGAUAAUACAGGAAAUCCUAUUUUCCAGAACAAGUUUUGGUUUGCCAUGUUUGUUGUAUCAGAUGCAAUUGCCUUGUUUUCAUCCUCAACUUCUAUUCUAAUGUUCUUGUCGAUACUGACUUCGCGCUAUGCAGAAGAAGAUUUCUUGCACUCACUACCCUCCAAAUUGCUGUUUGGAUUCGCAUCGCUCUUCAUCUCCAUUGUGUUCAUGGCUGUAACCUUUAGUGCUACCUUCUUUUUGCUAUACCACAACGCUAAUGUCUCCAUUCCAACCAUGGUUACUGCAAUGGCCAUUUUUCCCAUUAUUUGUUUUUGUGUACUUCAGUUUAAAUUGUGGAUUGAUAUUUUUCACAAUACUUACUCCUCUAAAUUUCUUUUUAACCCCAAUAAUCCACGCAAAUUAUUGUUCUAA